AUGCGCAAGCUCAGUUUCUGGGCGCUGUGCGUCUGUAGGUCGGCGCGGGGCGCAGGGGCUGUUGGGAAGAUGGCGAGGGUGGGUCUGCCCUCUUGGGUACCUUGUCGCAGGUGGGGCUGGAUGGCCGUCUCCUUCGGCUUCCACCGUGGGCUCAGCACGUUACUUGCACCGAAGGCCGAGCGGGCGCCACGGUGGCUCCCAGCUUGCAGACAAAAGACAUCAAUCUCUUUCCUUAGUCGACCAGACCUUCCAAACCUGGCUUAUAAGAGGCUAAAAGGCAAAAGUCCAGGAAUUAUCUUCAUCCCUGGCUAUAUGUCUAAUAUGAAUGGUACAAAAGCAUUGGCGAUUGAGGAGUUUUGCAAAUCUCUAGGUCACGCCUAUAUAAGGUUUGAUUACUCAGGAGUUGGAAAUUCAGAUGGUAACUUAGAAGAAUGCACAGUGGGAAAAUGGAGAAAAGAUGUUCUUUCUAUAAUUGAUGACUUAGCUGAAGGACCACAGAUACUAGUUGGAUCUAGCCUCGGUGGAUGGCUUAUGCUUCAUGCUGCAAUCGCACGGCCACAAAAGGUUGUUGCUCUUAUUGGUGUAGCGACAGCUGUGGAUAGCCUAGUGACACAGUUUAAUCAGCUUCCUGUUGAGGUAAGAAAGGAAAUAGAGAUGAAAGGUGUGUGGUCCAUGCCAUCAAAAUACAGUGAAGAAGGAUUUUAUCGCGUUCAGUACAGUGUCAUUAAAGAAGCAGAGCGCUACUGCUUGUUACAUAGUCCUAUUCCUGUGAACUGCCCUAUAAGAUUGCUCCACGGCAUGAAGGAUGACAUUGUACCAUGGCAUACGUCCAUGCAGGUUGCUGACCGAGUAGUCAGCACAGAUGUAGAUGUCAUCCUCCGAAAGAAUAGUGAUCACCGAAUGAAGGAAAAAGCAGACAUUCAACUGCUGGUUUACACUAUUGAUGACUUAAUUGAUAAGCUUUCAACUGUAGUUAACUAGAAUCACAGUUUUAGUUGGAAUGUAAAGUAAUGGAUCCAGAAGAUGGAAGCUGGAUAACAGAUGAAGGACCCUGAUAUUUAGAAGGUUUGUUUCUCUUAUCUCUACUUUGUAGAUAUCAUGUGAGUAUUUAAUGGUGUAUUUGCACAAGUGAUUCAGAUUGUGAAGAAAGUGCCAGCUGCUGUUUGAAAAAUGUUCUCCUUCCUUCAAUCCUUGAUUUUUUUCAUUAAAAUAUUUCCUAUUUUUUUAUUCAAGAGAUGUUUACCUUCUAAUGCUUAUGUUAACUGUGCCAGAAUUGCUAAUAAAACUUGAUUUUUUUGUU